UAACCGUUGACAAAGUGAAAGUAGGAAGUUGAAAAUGGAGAAUAUUUCGCCUGAUAACAUCUUGAUGCAGCUAUCUGAUCCAAGAAACUUGGCAGAUGUUAGUCGAUGCAGAUAUUGUUUAUCACUUGUGCUGCGUCUGUCCAGCCUCCCAGAAUCCACAGACCUGUCCAUGUUUCUGCCCCAAGUUGUCAAUCUUAUGGCGCACUCAGACCUGAUGGUGAAAAAAUCAGCAUUCACAAUACUCACAAAAGUAUCCAGUUUCAAGUCAGAGUUGCUGCUUUUGGCUGUGAACACCCUGUUGAAAGACUUGCAAGACAGUAAUCCAACAAUCCGAGCGCUUGCCCUGCGGACAAUAUGCUCCGUUAACCAUGAGGCAUUUAUAGAGCACAGACUUCAGUGUGUGUCUUUGGCUCUAGGGGACUCCAGUGCCUAUGUUCGCAGAGCAGCGACUGUGGCAGUUGUAUCUGCCUUCAGAGGAGACAUUGAUAGUGUUAAAGAUGCUGGCAUUGUCAACAGGCUGUAUGAACUAAUAAGAGACUCUGAUCCAAUAGUUGUGGUGAAUUCUUUGAUGUCACUGGAAGAAAUGUUGGAAUCUGAAGGUGGGGUUGUCCUCAACAGAAAAAUCGUUGGAUACUUACUAAAAAGGUUGGAUUCCUUUACUGCUUGGGGAGUUGGAUAUGUAAUGAGAAUUUUACAAAGGUAUAAACCAAAGACAGAAGAAGAAACGCUUGAUAUAAUGAAUGUUCUUGACCCCUUUUUAGACAAUAACUGUACAACUGCUUCAAUGCUUACACUAGAGUUUUUUCUGCAGUUAAUACAGAACAUGCCACAUUUGAAAGACGAUGUUUUUCAGCGAUGUCAAAAUGUCUUCCUCCAUGUCUUUACAUCUGGAAACACUGAGCUAACAUGGUGCUUGAUACAGUUUUUUCAAGCACAGAAGGAGCAUACAGACAGUAUAAAGAAACUGUUUCUUCAGCAUUACAGGUCCAUAUUUUGCAAGCAGAAGGACCCUGUCUACUUGAAAGAAGAAAAACUGAAAUUUCUAGCUGAAAUCAUCAAUGAAGAUAACUUUUCAGAUAUAUUGGAAGAGUACAUACUACAUAGCACAAACAGGGUGGCUAGUGUUUCCCUCUGUUCUAUAAAAUGCAUCAAGAAAUUAGUCAUUGAAUGGCCAGAGUUAACUGAACCACUUUUGAAAGCCUUUACAAAGCUGCUUAAAAGUGAUAAAAGCCAUGUUGUCUCCAAUACACUUCAAGUUCUAGUCACUCUACCUCACAACACUCUCAAAUCCCUUACAGACAUUUCAUACCAGGUAUGUGUCAUUGCAAGAACCCUUCAGGAUCCAGAAGGUCAAAUCUCUGCAUUGUACUUGCUGGGACACCUAGAUGAUGGAGGGGUCGACUCAGAAGUACUGUACUGCAUUGAAGACUACAUUGAGCAGUUCCCUGACCUAGAUAUUCAGGUGUGCAGCCAGUUGCUCCAUACCAGUGUCCAGUUGUUCUGUGGUCAGCCUGCCAAAUAUCAGCCCCUUCUUGGAGGACUUUUGGACCUGUGUUUAGGAAGAGAGGAUAAUGACCUGACAGAACAGGCAUCCUUUUGUUACUCAAUUCUGCAAGAUCAGCAAAAGUCUGCAAGCAAGGUUUUCCUGGGAUGAUGUGCAAAACGUGUUGUAGUGAUAUAAGGCACCAUAUUUACGAACAGUCUCAAGUCAGAGAUGAGACUCUAAACUUAUAAUCUUCAGUUCAUUGCAAAUUUCCUUCAGAGCAUUGGUGCUGAACUUUGCAUUAUUCCUCAAUUAUAUUACAAUUUAAAAGUUUUACUAUUAUUCAUUAUUUACAUAAUUAUAUUUUGUAAAAGGAAUGGAAUAUUUGCUAUUAAAUAGAAUUGUUUAGAGCUGAGACCGCCAAUUGAGACUGUUCACAAUCAUGAGCCCAGAAUAAAAUGUUUAAAGUGUG